AUGCAUGCAGCACAGUUCCAACACAGCACAGAGCAACGUAGCUCCAACAAGUUCAGUCUGAACAAGCCCAGUCUAGGCGAGGCAGAGGAGGGGGUCGGUACAAGUUUGUUUCACCAGAAAAUGGCACAGAGAAGACUUCUGAGCCCAGAGGAGGAGAUGAUCCUCCAUUCAGUCCUGUUCUCUGUCUCUCCUCAGAAGUUCCUGUUACAUCGGCUGAUUGUCAUCAGUCACCUCCCCCACAGACCUUCAGACAAGAGCGAACUGGGAGAUCAUUAUCAGAAAAUGAACCAGAGUUUGCAGCGCUGUUACCCUGGUGAUGGUAUUACAGGUCUGCUGUUGAUUUACCCCACCUGCCUGCUGCACCUUAUGGAGUGCUCCACAGAGGUGCUUGUUUCCAUUCUCCAGGACCUCGGAGACACGCAGGGGAAUCCUCAUUGUGCCCUGAUCCAGGAGCCCAGGGUCCUUCUAGUCUCUCAUGACAUUCCCAACAGGCUGUUCCCAGAGUGGAACUACAGACUGCUGACCAUGAGUGCCCACACACUCAGUGAGGAGCCUCACACGGACAACACAGAGAAACUGGCCAGUGACACACUGGCCCUACUGCUCAAACUAGGCAAAUGCCUUCUUGAAGCGUCAAAGGGUUCUACUGAAUCUCCACUGUCUGUGCUGGAUGAAAUGCCAGAGCUGAUUGUGCCUCAGGAUGUGGUGAGUCAGCUGGUGGCCAGAGAGGACCUCAUGACCCCUCAGCAGUACCUACAGUCCUAUUACAUGCCUCUCGAUGUUCUAAUGGACUCAGAACCAUACACGUGCAUUAAAGAAAACGAAGAGUGGCAAUUGGACACCUAUGUUGCAUUCUUGCCGGAUGCCCCGGAGUGGUCACAACUAUCCCGAAUCACAUCAUAA